AAGAAAUCGAAAGCGCGCAUUUCAGCACCGGUCCAGAAUACAAAACACUGACAGCGAACACAAUUUUGUUUUCACUAUUCAUUUUCAUGUUCUGUCCUGUUGGUUAUUCUUUUAUGUUUGAGAAAACAUUGAAGUUGAUUCGGAAUUAGUCGUUCAAUAAAACGAUACAUAUUGAUAUGUCAACCAUAUGCAAGCUGGAAAUUCGGGGUAUCCGGAGCUUCGGCGGAGAAGCUGAGGAUGUGCAGAAAAUAAAAUUCCAGUCGCCACUUACGCUGAUCGUCGGUCAGAAUGGGUGCGGCAAAACCACAAUCAUCGAAUGUCUGAAGUAUGGCCUGACCGGUGAGUUUCCUCCCGGGACGGACCGAGGCAAGGCUUUCGUUCACGAUCCGAAGAUUUUCAAUUUGAUCGAAAGCAUGGGUCAGGUUAAGCUGAUGGUGAAAGACUUCACCGGUAACCGGGUGACGGGCACACGAUCGAUGAAGGUUCACCACAAAGGUAACGCCAAACAGCUCAAGUUCGAAACGGUGGACAUGGUCGUGACGAUGGAGGAUGCCAACGGAAGCAAUCGAACAAACAUUUCGCGGCCCCGUGGAGCAGACAUUAACAACGAUAUGUGCGAUGCGAUGGGCGUUUCGAAGGCAAUCAUCAACAACGUUAUCUUUUGCCACCAGGAGGAUUCGAACUGGCCGUUGGAGGAACCCAAGGAGCUGAAGAAGAAAUUCGAUGCCAUUUUCGGGACGACCGAGUACAACAGGGUUACCGAGAAGUUGAUUAAAAUUUCCAAAGAGUACAGUGACCGCCAGAAGGAUAAGGCCGGAGAUUUGAAGCUGCUGGAGAACAUUAAGAAGCAGGCGGAGGUAAAGCAGUUGGAACUGCAAAAGGCGGAACAGAAGAAGGACGAAAUGCACAAGACGAUCGAGCAGCUGAAGGAAUCUGUGAAGCCGAUUCAAAUCCGGCUGGAGCAGCUCGCCAAAGUUGAACGAGAAUAUUCGAAACUGAAGCAGCAGAAGGUGGAAUACAAAUCAAAAAUUGGUUCCAAAGAAGACCAGCAGAAGCAGCUUCACUCGAAAAUUCGCACCAUAUUCGAUGGCACUCUGGCGGAGCUGGAGAUCGAAAUCCGCAAUUUUCAGCUAUCGAUGAGCUCGAAGCACUCGGAUCUUCGGGAUGCCGAGACCGAUCUUAACUCGCGCAAGGCCCAAGAGAAGCAGCACCAAGCGAAGCUGCAAGAUUGCGAGACACGUCGGGUCCAGUUGGUGUCUAAGCGCGGCCAGGAGCAGGAUUUGAGUGGGGAUCGGGGCGCGAAGAUUGUCGAAUUGCGCGAGAAGCUAAAGCUUCCUUGCGUCUCGAGCUACGAAGCGGGAGGGGCGGAAGUGCAAAGCGCGUUGAAGGAAAUCAAGGGCGCCAUUGGAGAGGAAGAGAAGGGGGUCCUGACGAUGGGCAAAGAGCACGACGAGGCGGAUCACCGAGCCCAGAGGACAAUCGAUAGUCUGCGGGAAGAGAAAACCCAGCUGGAGACGGAUGUUAGGAUGAAAAAGCAAAUGAAAAGCGAUUUCGCUCUGGAGAAGGCACGCAUCCAGUCGGAUAUAGCCAAUAUCCAACGUUCGGCGGAGAAGCUGAAGGAACUGGUGGCGGACAUUGAGAAGCAUGAGAAGAUUUACGAGAGUCAGAAGGCGAAUUCCAACAUUGAUGAGAAGAAACGAGAGAUGGCAGAGAAGAAGGUUAAGCGGGAAGAGCUGCAGAACAAGCUGGAUAAGGCGGAAGAGCAGAUUUCAGCGCUGGAUGCCAUUGCGGUCAAGGCAACGGAACUCGGCCUGAAGGAGCAGCAGUUUAAUGGGAAGGAGGCCGAAUUUCGGAGGGUGCGUAAUCGACAUUCGGCCAAUUUGAAGCAGCUUUUUCCGAACAGAAUCAUUGAGAACAACUACAAACGAAACGUCCAAAAUUUGUACGACGACUUGCAGCGGCAGAUUAAGCAGCUGAACGAAUCCAUCCGGAAGUCACAAGCGGUGGUAACAGAGAAGGAAACCACCCGUCGAUCGCAGAAGCGUGAGCUAGACCGGAUGGAGAAGGAGCUAACGGAAAACAAGGAGAAAAUAUACUCCGCCUGUCAGGGCAACCCCUACGAAGAAGUUCUGGCCAAGAUGAAAGAGAAAAUUGCCAAAAGCACUCUGGAACACGGCGAGCUGCGAUCGGCCGAGGUGCUCAACAAAUCGUAUAUCUCGCGCAUCGAGGACAACCAGUGCUGCCCGGUGUGCGACAAAGAAAUGGCGCGGUCAGACGUGCAGUACACGGUUUCCAAGCUGUCGGACGAAAUGCGUCAGCUGCCGGACAGAAUUGAGGCGCUUGAACGGCAGUUGAAGACGGAUCGAGAGAAAUACGAUCGGCUUCUGGGGUUGCGUUCGCUCUCCGAGACAAUCGACAAGCAGGCGGUAGAGAUCCCGAAGCUAAAGCGACAGCUAGAGGAAACGGAGCGUUGUCUAACGCAGGCUUCUGCUGAGCUGGAGGAGUACCAGAUGUCGAUUGUCGAGCCAAAUUCGAGCCUGCAUAUGAUUAAUUCCAUCCUUGGCGACAUGGGGAUUUUGGAUGAAUCCGCUAAAGAUUUGGAGCGAAUGGGACAGGGAAUAGCGGACUUGAAGAAGGAAUUGGCUGAGAAAACUCCACAGGGAUCCAGUUCCUCGCUGGAAGAUAUUAAAUUGGAAAGAGAAGCGCUUAGAGGAGAGCUGCGGGGCGAGCGAAUUUCGAUCGAUAAACUGCAGAAUGAGAUCGAUGAGAAGACGGAAAAGUUGAACACUCUUCACCAAAGAUACAACCAGAUGAAGGAGAAGAAACUCCAACUGCAGGAAUCGGUACAAUCGCUGGAUCAAAAGAAGGCGAAAGAGCUGGAGCUCGGCGAUAAGAUCGCUGGCUGUCAGAAGGAAAUCGAACAGGCCGAAAGUAAGCUCGGCCCGGUGCAAAGUGAGCUGGCUAAAGAGGAAGCAGCUAAAGUGAGGGUUAAGAAUGAGAACCGAGCAAAAAUGACAAAGGCACAGACCGCACUAGGGGACCUCAAACAGAAACAGCUGGAAAUCGAACGGCUAGGGAGAGAGUUGGACGUAUUGGCGAGCCAAAAUCUCGUCGUUGAAAUCCAGAAAAUGGAACGCAGGCUGCGGGAGAUACGGGAGGCAAUGAAAGAGAUAUCCACCGGCAUCGAGGAAAAAUUCACGUUUAUCGACUCCCUCAAGAAGGAGAUCUCCAACCAGGAUCUGAUCGAACGUGACCUACGCGACAACAAGGACCUCAAAAAGCUCACAGCGGAAAUUGACAGCCUCAAGCGGGAGUUGCAAUCGUUGAAGGAAACCAUGGGUAACAUCGACGCGCCGAACGUAAACCAAGAGAUGAACAAACUGUUCGACCAGCGCGAUGGUAUCCAGGCUAGGAAGAGUAAGAUUACAGGUCAAAUUUCGCAGCUCGAUGAUCAGGUGGAGGGAUUGCGGAGGGAACUGAACAAACCUGAGCUCAAGAAUGCCUUGAGAAAUUAUCAAAAAACGUACUGCGAAUCGGUGGUUCUAAAGAAGAUUUACAGCGAUAUUUUGAAGUACAGAAAUGCCCUUGACUGGGCCCUCAUGCAGUACCACAAGGAGAAGAUGGAGCAGAUAAACCGGUCGAUCUAUUCUCUCUGGCGGGACAUCUACCGUGGAAACGAUAUCGACUACAUCUGUAUCAAAACGGAGGACGAGUCGAAGGUGGACAGAAUGGUCGAGAAACGUCGUACGUACAGUUAUCGAGUGGUUCAGGCGAAGAACGAUGUCGAAAUCGAUAUGCGAGGAAGGUGCAGUGCCGGUCAGAAGGUGCUCGCGUCGUUGAUCAUCCGGAUGGCGCUGGCGGAGACUUUCAGCAACAAUUGUGGCGUGAUGGCACUCGAUGAACCCACCACUAAUUUGGAUCGAGAAAAUAUCGCCUCGUUGUGUGAAAGUUUGCGGAGCAUUGUGACCGAGCGGGAGAAUGGAAACUUUUUGCUGAUCAUAAUUACUCACGACGAAGAGUUUGUCACGAAGCUGGAGCGGUUCGAAACGUAUUAUCGCAUUUCACGAGAUAACAAUGGAAAGUCGGUCAUUAAAGAGGAGCGGCUGUGAAAUUAUAUGAUCAAAAAACCACUAAAAUGAAACAUUCCCAUCACAUUAAGGCUUUUUGUUCUUUAUUGUUCCUUAUUGUUCAUGCGUUAUAUUGUAU